AAUACAUUAUCUCAUCACUUACUCCAUUCUCUCUCUAAAAAUAACAAUAACAAAGAAAAAAUGGCCGGCGAAGUGGAAAUAACAGACGACAUGAAUAUUCUCUCAUUUCCAAAACUACGCCGCUCCGACUCAUUAGACAUUGAAUCCAACAACCUCGACGGCCACCGGGGGAACCGAGCUGCGGUGGGGUGGUGGGUGACUCUGCAAUUGGCGUUUCAGAGCAUUGGGAUAGUGUACGGAGACAUCGGGACGUCGCCGUUGUACGUUUUUCAGAGCAGUUUUCCGGCGGGGAUUAAACAUAAGGACGACGUUUUGGGAGUGUUAUCGUUGAUUUAUUAUACACUCACUUUGAUUCCUUUGGUUAAGUACGUCUUCAUCGUCUUGCAAGCUAACGACAAUGGCGACGGAGGAACAUUUGCAAUGUAUUCUCUACUUUGCCGAUAUGCAAAAGUAGGGUUAAUACCUAACCAACAAGCUGAGGAUAAGGAGGUUUCUAAUUACCAAUUGGACAUUCCCAACAACCGUGUGCGUCGAGCGUCGUGGCUGAAGUCGCAACUCGAGAACCGUCGUUUUGCGAAACUUUUCUUGCUCUUUGCAACCAUGCUUGGCACCUCUAUGGUCAUCGGUGAUGGGGUUCUCACUCCAUGCAUUUCUGUUUUGUCAGCUGUUGGAGGCAUUAAAACAGCUUUAUCUUCAAUAACACAAGAUACAAUAGUGGGGAUAUCAGCUGGGAUAUUAGUGUGUCUUUUCAUGGCUCAAAGAUUUGGAACAGACAAAGUUGGCUACACAUUUGCUCCGAUUAUAUGCAUUUGGUUCAUCUUCAUAGCUUCCAUUGGCUUCUACAAUUUUGUCAACUAUGAUCCUUCAGUCAUUUCAGCUUUAAACCCUAAAUAUAUUAUUGACUAUUUUAGAAGAAACAAAACCCAAGCUUGGAUUUCCCUUGGUGGCAUUGUUCUCUCCAUAACAGGGACAGAAGCAUUAUUUGCUGAUGUUGGGCAUUUCAGUGUGAGAUCAAUUCAAAUAAGUAUGUGUAUUGUUACAUAUCCAGCUUUAUUGCUUUCUUACACAGGACAAGCCUCUUAUCUUCGUAUACACAUUGAUGAUGUUGGAGAUGCCUUCUUUAAAUCCAUUCCAGAUCCUUUAUACUAUCCAAUGUUUGUAGUGGCUGUAUUAUCAGCCAUUAUUGCAAGUCAAGCUAUGAUUUCAGGAACAUUCUCUAUAAUUCAACAAUCUCUUUCACUUGGGUGUUUCCCAAGAGUUAAAAUUGUUCAUACUUCUUCUAAGUAUGAAGGCCAAGUAUAUAUCCCUCAAGUCAACUUUCUACUUAUGCUUGCUUCUUUAGCUGUCACUCUUGCCUUCAAGGACACUAACAAGAUAGGAAAUGCUUAUGGCAUAGCUGUUGUGUUUGUGAUGACUCUUACAUCUUCAUUCUUAGUAUUAAUCAUGAUCAUGAUUUGGAAAACCCACAUACUUUUGAUAAUCAUUUACAUUCUUGUCAUUGGUUCAUUGGAGCUUCUUUAUUUGAGCUCAGUCCUUUACAAAUUUGAUCAAGGAGGUUACCUUCCACUUGCUUUUGCCUUUGCACUUAUGGCCAUUAUGUACACUUGGAACACUGUCUAUAGAAGAAAAUACUAUUAUGAGCUUCAUAACAAGAUCUCUUCUCAUCAACUUAACGACAUUGUAUCAAUUGCCAAUCCGUGUAGAGUUCAAGGCCUUGCCAUUUUCUACUCUGACCUUGUACAAGGCAUUCCUCCCAUUUUCAAGCUUUACAUGUCCAACGUCCCCGUCCUUCAUCAAGCUCUCGUAUUUGUCUCAAUCAAGUCAUUGCCUAUAAGCAAGGUCCCAUCAGACGAGCGGUUUCUCUUUCGCAGAGUUGAACCAAGAGAGCUUGGUAUCUUUCGAUGCGUCGUGAGGUACGGUUACACGGAUGGUCACAACGACGUGCAAGAGUCGUUCGAGAGAAGUUUGGUGGAUAAAUUGAAAGGGUUUUUAAGGGAUGAUGUUAGGGUUAGUACUGCCAAAGUGGAAGAGGAGGAAGAUCGUGAGAAUGGGGUAAUAAUUGAGGAAGAGAAACAAAAGAUUAGAGAAGUGGAAUUGGAGAAAGAGAUUGAGGAAGUUGAUAAAGCUUGGGAAUAUGGUGUGGUUCAUUUGGUAGGAGAAAGUGAAAUUAUUGCAAAGGAAGGGUCCAAUAUUUGGAAAAGGGUUUUGAUUAAUUAUAUUUACAAUUUCUUGAAGAACAAUUUGAGACAAAGUGAGAGAGUGUUUGAUAUUCCUCACAAUCGUUUGCUUAAAGUGGGAAUGACAUAUGAGCUAUAAGCUUAACAGCAAUGAGUAGCAAUGAAUAAAAGUAAAAUUCGGUUAAAUUAGAAAGUUUAGUCUUUAAUUCCACGUUUUGAGAAAACUAUAUAUUUGGAUUUACAA